CGCUCAUCUCCAGCUCACUCUCAGUGUUUCGUUAUCGCCUUUGUUUUGUGCAUAGUGGUUUUUCGCAGAUUUUCAUUGAUAACCAGAGCUUGCCUCUUGUCAAUCAGCUAUCCAACCCCAAUUUGAGACAAUCCCACAAUUCCAGCUAAAACCCUCGCAUCUUGACUCCUCAAUCCAAAUAACCAAUUCCUCACCCCAACUACCACCACCACCACCACCACCACCAACCCCCCAUCUCCCACUCCCACCCAAAACAACCCCCCCACCGAAAAAAAUGGCCCAACUCAACUACCGCACAAUCAACAUCGACGUCCUCGACCCGGACGCCUCGAUCAACUUCCCGAUGGACACGCUGCUGCCCGCCACCCUGCCGGCCGCGACGACCUCGAGCGCUGCCGCCGCGGUGGCCGGCGAGGUGCGCCAGCUGCUGCGCGGCGGGGACCCGGCGGCGGCGCUGCGGCACGUGCUGGACACGGCGCCCCUGGGCGGCGACGAGCGCGCCAAGGAGGUCCACCUGGCGGCCGUCACCGAGGUGCUGCAGGGCAUCCGGCAGGCGGAGAUGAGCCGCGUGCUGGAGGAGGUGUGCACCGGCGCGGACGGCGGGGCGGAGCGCGCCGAUUGUUUGAUGAAGUAUCUCUACAAAGGCAUGGCCUCCCCCGUCGCCGGCGGCGCCCAGUCCCCCCGCAAAUCGGUCUCGCCGCAGAGUACGGGCUUCUCGCAGAUCCAGGGCCGUAACCUCGGCGAGAGCGGCGGCGGCGGGCAGCAGAUGAGUGUACUGUUGAGCUGGCAUGAGAAGUUGGUGGAGUUGGUGGGGACGGGGUCGAUUGUGCGGGUGAUGACGGACCGGAGGACGGUCUAGCUUUGAGCUCUUGGGAGUGCGAAUCGUUGCAUUUUCGUGUGGUUAUACUUUUUUUCUCGUGUGUGGGAGAUAGAUGAUAUACCUCGUAUCCCUCUCAUGGUCAACUACUAAGGUUACCGUAUAUAUUGUGCGCCUCUUUUACUUUUUUGCUCUGGACUAUAUCAUACA